CCUCAUCGGAGUCAAUCACAUCACUUAGAAGGUCUUCUCCACAGUCAAAUGGGUCCAUGAAUGAAUGUAGACCACUAUCUCCAGAGUCACCUAUACCACAGUAUUUUCCAGCAGUCUUUGAAUCAGUUUCUGUAACAGAUUAUAGGUCCUCAUCCCCUGAAUCUGCAUUAUCAGAUGAGGAAUGUGAAUUAAAUGUUUUCACCCUAGAUUCUUCUCCAGAAUCAACAGAAUCUGUAAAUGAUGAAAGACCUGACUUUAGAUCUUUAUCCCCUGAUUCUCCAAUAUCUCAAUAUUAUAAUUUUCAUUUUGAACCAGCAAUGGUAACAGGUUACACAUCAAUAUCCCCUGAAUCAGUGCUAUCAGAAAUGUAUAUGCAGACCGAUGUAUUUGAUGACUUGGUGAUUGAUCUUAGAAGAUCCUCUUUGGAGUCAAUCACAUCACUUAAUGAAAACAGACCCCUCUCCCCUGAUUCACCUAUUCCUGAGUUCACAAUGGCCACACACACAUGUAUCAUGCCAUUUACAGGCUCUGGACUAUCCUCUCCAGAAUCAGUCACUUUGGAUGUUGAAAACGAAUUGUCUCAAUAUGACCUUCAUCCAGAGCAAAGAUCUGACUCUCCUCAGUCUAUAAUAUCAGAGACUGAGAUUAGACCACUGUCCCCUGACUCACCUGUACCUCAUUUCAUGGCAUUAUUCCAUCAGAGUACUUUGCCAGUAACAGGACCUAGAUCAUGUUCACCUCAGUCACUGUGCUCAGAGAAUACAGAAUAUGAACCUUACCUUGAAGAUUUGCUAACUAUAGAAUAUCGACCAGAUUCCCCUGAUUCAAUUGUAUCAGAUACUGACAAAAGACCACUUUCUCUAGACUCCUUGCCUGAAUGGAGACCCAUGUCACCUGACUCUGUCAUGCUCUUUAUAGACAUUAGAGGGUCUUCUCCACAGUCAAAUUGGUCCAUGAAUGAAUGUAGACCACUAUCUCCAGACUCGCCUAUAACACAGUAUUUUCCAGCAGUCUUUGAAUCAGUUUCUGUAACAGAUUAUAGGUCCUCGUCCCCUGAAUCUGCAUUAUCAGAAGAGGAAUGGGAAUUAAAUGUUUUCACCCUAGAUUCUUCUCCAGAAUCAACAGAAUCUAUAAAUGAUGAAAGACCUGACUUUAGAUCUUUGUCCCCUGAUUCUCCAAUAAGUCAGUAUAAUGCCUUUCACUUUGAACCAACAAUGGCAACAAGUUACGUAUCACUGUCCCCCGAAUCGAUGCUAUCAGACACAGAUGUACAGAACGAUUUAUUUGAUGACAUAGUGAUUGACCUUAGAAGGUCCUCAUCAGAGUCAAUCACAUCACUUAAUGAAAACAGACCUCUUUACCCUGAUUCACCUAUUCCUGAGUUCACAAUAGCCACACACACAUUUAUCAUGCCAUUUACAGGCUCUCGACCAUCCACUCCAGAAUCAGUCACUUUGGAUGUUGAAAAUGAAUUGUUUCAGUCCAACCUUUAUCCAGAGCAAAGAUCUGACUCUCCUCAGUCUAUAAUAUCAGAGAUUGAGAUUAGACCACUGUCCCCUGACUCACCUGUACCUCAUUUCAUGGCAUUAUUCCAUCAGAGUACUUUGCCAGUAACAGGACCUAGAUCAUGUUCACCUCAGUCACUGUGCUCAGAGAAUACAGAAUAUGAACCUUACCUUGAAGAUUUGCUAACUAUAGAAUAUCGACCAGAUUCCCCUGAUUCAAUUGUAUCAGAUACUGACAAAAGACCACUUUCUCCAGACUCCUUGCUUGAAUGGAGACCCAUGUCACCUGACUCUGUCAUGCUUUUUAUAGACAUUAGAGGGUCUUCUCCACAGUCAAAUGAGUCCAUGAAUGAAUGUAGACCACUAUCUCCAGACUCGCCUAUAACACAGUAUUUUCCAGCAGUCUUUGAAUCAGUUUCUGUAAUAGAUUAUAGGUCCUCGUCCUCUGAAUCUGCAUUAUCAGAAGAGGAAUGGGAAUUAAAUGUUUUCACCCUACAUUCUUCUCCAGAAUCAACAGAAUCUAUAAAUGAUGAAAGACCUGACUUUAGAUCUUUGUCCCCUGAUUCUCCAAUAAGUCAGUAUAAUGCCUUUCAUUUUGAACCAACAAUGGCAACAAGUUACGUAUCACUGUCCCCCGAAUCGAUGCUAUCAGACACAGAUGUACAGAACGAUUUAUUUGAUGACGUAGUGAUUGACCUUAGAAGGUCCUCAUCAGAGUCAAACACAUCACUCAAUGAAAACAGACCUCUUUCCCCUGAUUCGCCUAUUCCUGAGUUCACAAUAGCCACACACACAUUUAUCAUGCCAUUUACAGGCUCUCGACCAUCCACUCCAGAAUCAGUCACUUUGGAUGUUGAAAAUGAAUUGUUUCAGUCCGACCUUUAUCCAGAGCAAAGAUCUGACUCUCCUCAGUCUAUAAUAUCAGAGAUUGAGAUUAGACCACUGUCACCUGACUCACCUGUACCUCAUUUUAUGGCAUUAUUCCAUCAGAGUACUUUGCCAGUAACAGGACCUAGAUCAUGUUCACCUCAGUCACUGUGCUCGGAGAAUACAGAAUAUGAACCUUACCUUGAAGAUUUGCUAACUAUAGAAUAUCGACCAGAUUCCCCUGAUUCAAUUGUAUCAGAUACUGACAAAAGACCACUUUCUCCAGACUCCUUGCCUGAAUGGAGACCCAUGUCACCUGACUCUGCCAUGCUUUUGAAAAAUAUUAGAGGAUCUUCUCCACAGUCAAAUGGGUCAAUGAAUGACUGUAGACCCCUAUCUCCAGACUCACCUAUACCACAGUAUUUUCCAGCAGUCUUUGAAUCAGUUUCUGUAACAGAUUAUAGGUCCUCAUCCCCUGAAUCUGCAUUAUCAGAUGAGGAAUGUGAAUUAAAUGUUUUUACCCUAGAUUCUUCUCCAGAAUCAACAGAAUCUAUAAAUGAUGAAAGAGCUGACUUUAGAUCUUUAUCCCCUGAUUCUCCAAUAUCUCAAUAUUAUAACUUUCAUUUUGAACCAACAAUGGUAACAGGUUACACAACAAUAUCCCCUGAAUCAGUGCUAUCAGGAAUUUAUAUGCAGACCGAUGAAUUUGAUGACUUGGUGAUUGAUCUUAGAAGAUCCUCUUUGGAGUCAAUUGCAUCAACUGAUGAAAACAGAGCAGUCUCGCCUGAUUCACCUUUUCCUGACUUCACACUAUCCACACAAUCAUUUAUCAUUCCAGAGACAGGCUCCUGUCCAGCUUCCCCAGAAUUGGACUGUGUGGAUGAUGAAAAUACAUUUUAUCAAACUGACUUUAUUUCAGAACAAAGACCUGACUCUCCCCAUUCUAUAAUAUCAGAAACUGGGGGUAUACCACUGUCCUCUGACUCACCUGUACCUCAAUUCAGUGUGUUGUUCUCUGAGAUUACUUUGCCAGUAUUAGGACGUGGAUCAUGUUCGCCUCAAUCACUGUGCUCAGGGACUACAGAAUAUGAACCUUCUUUUGAAGACCUGUUUAUCAGAGGCUCUUCUCCACAGUCAAUUGUGUCCAUUAAUGAAUGUAGAUGCCCUGACUCACCUAUACCACAUUACUCAGAAUUAUUCAUUGAACCAAGGCCAAUAAAAGGACAUGGGUCAUCCUCGCCUGAGUCUAUGACAUCAGAUGUUGGUUAUGAGUUAUAUGAGUUAGAGAUCAGUGCAUUGAAAUGUGAGAAUAGGCUUCCUUCAGUGGAUUUAGUAUCAGAGAAUGAACCCACCUCAGGUGAGAUUAAAUAUCCUUUGGCUUAUUUUAGGGCAUCCCCAGCAGACUCUGAAACCUUAGUUAAUGACUUUAAAUUGCUCUCACCUGACUCACCUGUGCCACAGUAUUUCCCAGCACUCUUUGAAUCAGUUCCAGAUUAUAGGUCUUUAUCAGAUUAUAUGUCCUCAUCCCCUAAAUCUGGAUUGUCAGAGGAGGAACUUAAUGUUUUAACCUCAGAAGAUUCACCAAAAUCUAUAAAUGAAGGCAGGUCUCUCUCCCCUGAUUCACCUAUUCCCAUGCCAGAUUCUCCAAUACUUCAGUAUUAUGCUUCACACUUUGAACCAGCAAUGGCAACAGGAUACAGGUCAACAUCUAAUCAGAAGAUAUUAUCAGAAAUAGAAAUGCAGACAGAUGUAUUUGAUGACUCGCUGAUGGAUCUUAGAACAUCCUCACCAGAAUCAAUGACAUUGGUAACAGAAAACAAACCACUGUCCCCCGAUUCACCUAUUCCUGAGUUCACACCAUCCACAUCCACAUUUUUCAUACCAGAAUCAGAUUUUAUAUCAACUUCCUCAGUCUCUUUGAGUGAUGAAAAUGAAUUAUAUCCAUCAGACCUUAGUACAGGGCAAAUGCCUAGCUCUCCUGAAUCGGUAAUAUCAGAAAUUGAGCCUAGACCAGUUUCCCCUGACUCACUAAGUGAUUACAGAGAAAUGUCACCUCAUACAGCAAUAUCUGUGGUAGAUCAUGCAUCUCCAGAAUUAUUUACAUCAUUGGAAAAGUAUAGGGCAUUACCUCCAGACUUUGUUCCACAGUUUUCUUGUACACAUAAAAUAUCAGCAAUACAUGUACACCAAUCAGAGUCAUCUGAGUCACCUACAUCAGAGACAGACAUUGAACUUUGGGCAAAUGCAUCUCAAGCUACUGAACAGAGACCCUCCUCCCCUGAAUCAAUCAUAUCCUUGAAUGAAAAAAGACCAUUAUCACCAGACUCACCUAUUUAUGACUUUAAAUCAUCAGUGAAUGUAAAUGUUGCCCCAAAAACCACAUACAGAUCAUCCUCCCUAGAAUCAAUUGUAUCUGAUGUAGAAUUUUACAUGGCGAGCUUUGCAUCUGAGGAUGUUACAUGGACUGAAAAUAGACCCUUAUCUCCUGCAUCAGGUGAAAUAUCUCCUGUGGAUCAAUGUAAUUUAGAAAUAGAAAAUAAUCACACUGAUGAUCAAAGCAAAAAAUUACUUGGCCAAGAGCUAUCCAACAUUGUGACAUAUCUGCCAUUAAACAAGACUUUCAGAAUGGUGCCUCAAUAUAAACUUGUGUACAAAGCUGCUCCCUUAGCAUUAAUCUCCCAUUUGUAUGAUCCUCAAUAUAGAGGUGAAACUUUCUGUCCAAAGCCAGGUGUGUUUGAGUAUGCGGGAUGUAAAAAGAAGGCAAAUAAUGAAUGCACUGAGCAACACAAUUAUGACAUUUCCAACAAUGCUAUAUCUUAUAGUGAAACAGCCUCACCUUUUGAUGCCAGUUCUCUGCAAACACAUGUACAAACAGAAUCAUUUGAUUUAUUUGUAAAAAAUCAAGCAUUUUCCACUGAUUCUUUGUUUUAUUGUACAAGUUUAAAUGCAUGUCUAAUGGACUCUUCAGAUAGGAGAGCCUCUUCACCAGAAUCAUAUACAUCUAUAAAUGAGUACAGGCGACUCUCUCCUGAAUCUCCAAUUCCUGAGCACAGACCUUCAUUACCAUGCGCAGAGUUUUUGUUCGAAAGUCGACCCUCAUCCCCUGAGACGAUUUUUUCGGUAAAUGAAUUUCAAAGGCUUUCACCUGAUUCACCUAUACCUGAAUACUCAACACCAUCACCAGUUCCAAAUGAACAUACAUCUGAAUCUAGCGAGGUAAUCAUGCAACACAAAUUUAUUUUGAGUCAACUGUCCCCUUCAAUGAGUAAUGAUCAAAGUUCUUACAUGGACUCAUCAUGGUACCCACUGCCACAAUGGAUCAUGUCUGAAAACAGACCUUUAUCAUCUGUCUCAGAUUUUUCAGACACUGAUUCUAGAUCUUUAUCACCUCAAAUGUUCUGUCUUGAAACAGAUGUGCGAAACCCAUCACCCGAAGCAGCAACAUUAGACACAGCACUAACAGAAACUAUUACUCCAGAACCUUUAGUUUGUGAGACAUUUUAUCAAGCUGAAUCACCUGAAUCAGUGAUAAUUGAAUCUGAAGAUGAGUUUUAUGAGAAUUUGAAUGAUUUGUCAUUUUCUGACAUUGAUGAGAUUAAGGAAGAUUUACCUGUCCUCAAAAUUGAUCCUGCUUUGCUGAAUCUAGUGACAUUUGAACAAUGCAUGGAACAAAUCGAGUCUCCAAGUGAAAUAGAGGAGCUUCCGUCUGUUUCUGAAAUUAGGAUUGAGCAUUCAUUCGAUGAUGGACUACAACCAAAUGCAUCUCACGAUAUAGCAUCCGAGCAAACACAAAAGGACACACAAAGGGUAACAAAGACAAUUACUUACUGUGAAGAAAAGGACAUAAUCACAGCAACAAGUGAAUCUGCAAAUGAGCAAACUAGCAAAGGCCUCAAAAUCCAUAAAAUAGAUGAAAAUAGACACAUGGAAAGUCCACAGCAACAAAAAGAAGAUCUAGGACAUGAUUUAAGAAAACUAGCCCCUAAGGAUGACAAAAAAAGGGACAGUGUCUCAGAGGAAAUUAAUUUAGUGCCUCAAUUGAAAGAUUCAAGUCUAAGAAAAGGAGAUGCACCAUCAGUUUCAAAAAGUUUAAAUUUAACAGCAUCCUUGAUGCCCAGUGAAUCAUCAAAAGAGACAUAUUUAGCCACAUGUGUCUCCUACAUACCUGAGCACAACAGAUCUCAGCCUGUCUUUGAUUUGGAGGCCCACAAAUCCAUUCCUGUUUCAUCACCUGAAGAAACUAAAGCAUUAAAUGGAUUGCAAGAAGUAAAUUCUUUUCAGUUUCAUCUUAAAGACUCUCACAGAAGAGUUGAACUAAAUCAAAUUGAUUCCUCUGCAUUUAGUUUAGGUCUUGAAUCACGUGAUUUUAAAAAUUUGCCCUCAAGUUCUGUGAAAACACCAUCAACAGGCACUCCCAUUUCACAUACAUUUAACACAUCCUCUUCUGAUCAAGGGAAUUCUCCAGAGUCCCACAAAUUUCUAGGCAAGAGAAUAUCUUGUGCUGCAGGGACUGUCCAGCUUUCGUCAGAUUUUAAAUGUGUUGUCUCUAAAUUUGAACAGGCAUCACCAUCUUUAGGUGGUGAUAAGCCUGAACUAAGUUUAGUUUUUCCUGGAACUUAUCCACUUGUAGCUGCUAUGUCACCUUGUACUCUGGAAGUGACUCAGGAGCUGACAGGUGACCAGAUGCAGUUAGAUGCCACUGCAGUUUUAGAUACUGACUCUCCACUUUACAGUCUUAAUCUUAGAGCCAGGCCAAGAGCUGUUCAUGCAGAUAGCAUUGAGUCAGAGGCUGAGUUUUUUGAUUGCCAACAAACGUUUUCUGAUACAUCUGAGCCAGAGGUCAGAUCAUCAGAAGUUUUAGAUGUUCCUCAAACAAUUUACCAUGUUGAGGAACUUCCAUCUUUAUCAAGCAGUCCUGAAUAUCUGACAGGCAUCUCUAAACUUAGAGAGCACACACAGUUGAAAAAGGAUGAGCGGCCCUUAUCCUGGGCCAGUGAGGACCUACCCAUAGUUCUUGAGCCAGAGGAUGAAUACACUGGUGAGGUUGGUGAGGAGAAGGAUUUCCCUUAUGAUUAUACAGGUGAUCAUUCAUUUGCUGAAGAGCUACCUACAAUAGAGGGAGCAGAAUAUGAUGACGAUGAUGACUCUCUAGGGAGGGUAAGCAAUCUAGCAUGAUGUUUGUGCUCAGUUUCUGAAGGCAGAGUGUUGUCUCUCCCUGGCCUAUGCUAACAAACUUACUCAAGCCCUAAUGGAACAUUUUAAAACAUUUCAAUACCAGCAAACUAAUAUUUGGUGUUUUGAUUAAAAAUAAACAUAGUUUAUGUGUGUGCACCCCAUUUGCCUACACUUAAAGUGUUGGAUAUAAUGUGACAAUUGACAAGCAGCAAUAUUUUUCUUAACUGCAUGGAAAAAGAACUUCCAGAGUGCAGGCUUUGCAUGGUGUGACGUGCAAGUAUACAAGAUAUACGACAGUACUUAAGACAUGCGACCACAAUGCCUCUCUGC